CUCUGUAAGCCGAAACCGGUGGCCUACCCUGUCUUUUUUCUUCGUUGAGUGUAAGGAGCCCCAAUUCAAGAAGCAGUCAGCGCGAAGUCCUCUGUCUUCAACUCCUCGCUCCCAAUUCACUUUCCGGCGAGCGCAAAAAUGCGGGCUCAAAUUCUGUUCCUUGUGAUGGUUUUCGGCAAGUCAGGAGCGGAGUCCCAAGGUCCGGUGAAACGAUUGCUACACCGCUACCAAGAGUCUCGGAGUCCGCCCGAUUUUCGUCCUCUGCAUGAUCAUCUUGGUAACCCGUCAUACCAUGGGUCCUCUUACCGUCUGACGCACACGUCAAGCCCGAGAUACUUCGCCCCGAAGCCAGCCGUGCCGCGGAACGAAAUUGCUCAGAAACUGCAAGAAGCGCGCAAAGUGAUCAUGGCGGGAAACAAAUUCGGCUUGAACCUCAUGAGAUUCCUCAUAUCGGAGAACGACAAUACUAUCAUGGCGCCGGUCUCUCUAUCUAUCGCUCUGGGGAUGCUGUACUUUGCCGCGGCCGGAAACACGAAAGCCGAGCUUUCCAGAGCGCUGCACUACGACGACUUCGGAGAGGAUCCAAAUAACCUCUUGACGCCCAUAAGAUUUCUGAACGAAGCAGCGAAAGCAAGCAAAGCGCAAGGAGUGACCGUCGAGUUGGGCAAUCUCAUCUUCGCUCAGAAAAAUCUGAAUAUCUCCAAGGACUAUCGAGCUCUGAUCGAGGAGACAUUUGGAGGAUUUGUCGAGGAUAUCGACUUCAGUCAGACCGUCCAGGCCGUGACUCAAAUGAAUAAAAUUAUCACUUCCUUGACCAAAGGACAAAUCGACAAUCCUAUCGAGAGCGUGAGUCCGACCACGAGGGUCGUCCUCACAAACGCCGUUUUCUUCAAGGGGUUCUGGAAGAAACCGUUUUCGGUGAGAUCCUCGUUCGACUCAACAUUCUUCAACGACGGUGUUUCAGAAGUCCCAGUGAAAAUGAUGUAUAUGCGCGACAGUUUUCUCGUGAAGUCUCUCCCAGAACUGGAUGCCGAUGCAAUUCAGCUCCCAUACGAAAGCGAUAUCACGAUCAUGCUCGUCCUUCUGCCGAGGAAUCCCAACGGGGUCAAUCGAAUGCUCCAGAAUCUGAAUAUAGCGAAAGUCAUCGAGGAUUUGCCCACCUACGCGAAUGAGUCCGUCGAUCUCCAUAUCCCACGGUUUAGCGUUCGCGGGAGCUAUCAUCUGAAAAAACAGCUUUAUGAUCUAGGCAUCAAAGAUCUCUUCGUCAGAGGAAAGGCCGAUCUCCCACAACUGGACACCGAGGGACAGCUCGUUGUCGAUGACGUGCUCCACGAAGCGAAGAUCCGAGUCGAUGAGCGGGGUACCGAGGCUGUGGCCAUCUCGACGGCAGCCAUCAUAAACUAUUCGCGCUACCCGUCAUUCAACGUACGACAUCCGUUUGUCUUCUUCGUGAUCCACAAAGAGACGGGCUCGAUAUUCUUCGCGGGGAAAAUCCUCCGUAUGAACAGCCAGGAGCAGGCGCCUACCUCGGGCGGUAAAACACAGGGACGAUGAAUACCGAACGCAAUCAACGCCAUCACCGCCAUCGUGAAGAGGACUUACCAUAAUAUUGUGAUAGGUUCCCUGCGAGAACCAUCAUAGACCGUCGAGUGGCGAACCUUGUCUAUUGCAAGCCCGCUUCUUCAGUUUUCCAUAAGUCGCUACCGAACAAAGAGCCCAAUGA